UUUCCACUCCUGCAGCUGUCAGAAGACAAACUGCCAUUUCAGCAUCUGAAGAUGACUUUCGUGCCUGCACCUGGCUACUAUCCUACCUACAACCCGACGCUGCCCUUCUGCAAACCCAUCCCAUGUGACCUCAACGUCGGGACGUUCGUCUACAUCGCUGGAGUGGCCCACCAGAACUUGCAAAGCUUCGUGGUAAACUUUGCCUUGGGGCCAGAUGCAGUAAGAGAUGACAUCGCCUUCCACUUCAACCCCCGUUUUGCUGGCUGGAACAAGGUUGUCUUCAACGCAAGGUUGUCAGGCACGUGGGGUGCAGAGGAGGAGAAAAGGAAGAUCCCCUUCAAAAACGGGGAGCACUUCGAUAUACUGGUGAUGAUCACACAGGAGCAUUACAAGGUGCUGGUGAAUGGAAAUGAUUUCUAUGAGUUUGGGCACCGGACCCCUAUCCAGAAAGUCACCCACCUGAUUGUGAAUGGGAACAUGACCCUUCAAUUGGUUUCCUUCUUUGGCCAAUGUCCCAAAUUCUCUGAGGCCAUGGAGGGACCCCCAAUCUUCUACCCGCCUAUGCCAUAUAUGCGGAGACUUCAGGGGGGACUGAAGACCAACAGAACCAUCAUAAUCGUGGGCUUCAUCCCCCGCUCAGCCCACAGAUUUUUUAUCAACUUCACUGUGGGAACCACCGGGGACAUAGCCCUGCACAUCAACCCACGCAUGGGUGAGAAGGCCGUCGUGAGGAACAGUUUCCUAAACGGUGGCUGGGGGUGCGAGGAGAGCGGAAUCUCCUAUAAUCCCUUUGCUCCAGGACAGUACUUUGAUCUAUCCAUCUGCACCAGCACCGAUAACCUCAAGGUAUUUGCCAAUGGCCAGCACAUCUUUGACUAUGAACAUCGUGUGCCAGCUACCACGGCGGACAUACUGGAGAUCUCCAGUGAUGUCAUCCUCUCCUAUGUCCAGGUCUGAGCUUCACAGCUGGCUUGGAUACAAGAAAAC